AUGAUUAUUUUCAACUUGAUUGAAUUAGCUAUUCUCGAAUACAACGGAAAAAAUUUGUUCGUGGCUGCCAAAACGUUCAACAACCAGACAACCACGAUGGAGGAAUUCAACACAGAAAUAGAAAUGAUGAAAUCGCUGCGACACCCAAACAUCGUGCACAUGAUCGGAGUUUGUCGUAUGAAUGACUGCCUGUACAUGGUCACUGAAAUUAUGGCAGGUGGUUCUUUACAAAAAUUCUUGAGGGAAGAUAAAGGAACUGCUAUCCAAAUAAAGGAUCUUUUGAAUAUUGCGCUACAGAUAUGCGGAGCAAUGACAUAUUUGGAACAGAAAUGUAUUGUCCAUAGAGAUCUGGCUGCUAGAAACGUAUUGGUUUCAAAAAACCAUAACGUGUUUAAGCUUAGCGAUUUUGGAAUGGCAAUCAUUUUAAAUAAGAAUUUCUUCAAAACAAAUGUUUGUUCUAUUCCUGUUCGUUGGGCCGCACCUGAAAUUUUAUCAUCCGGGAAGUACCAUUUGAAGUCAGAUGUGUGGUCAUUUGGCAUUUUCCUAGUAGAAUUAUUCACAUACGGAAACGAGCCAUACGAUGAUUGGAACUUACAAGAAGUGAGAGAAGGCGUUUUGAACGGUUCAAAACACCGACAACCACGAAGCUGCCCCGAUCAAAUUUACGUCAUCAUGUCAAGCUGCUGGUGCCUGAAACACACGAACAGACCAUCUUUCGACGAACUCAACAAUUCCUUAGAGACUUUCAAAAAAAGUUUCGGAAUUUAUUUGACCACAAGUGUUUUAUUGUAA